UUCCACGAGGUAGAAAGGUAGCACGGAAGAAGGCGUGUACGGUGGCCUCUCUGGCUCAGCGAAUUUUAACCCAGUUUUCUAAUUGUUGCCCUUAAAACAGCAACCGUGCCCCGCCGCGCCCCCACCCCCAGUGGCGCCGUCAUGUGGCAGGAGGCCCGCAAGCACGAGCGCAAGCUCCGUGGCAUGAUGGUCGACUACAAGCGACGUGGCGAGCGCCGCCGAGAGUACUACGAGAAGAUCAAAAAGGAUCCGGCCCAGUUCCUUCAGGUUCAUGGUCGAGCCUACAAGAUCCAUUUGGAUCCUGCCGUGGCUCUGGCUGCAGAGUCUCCCAUCAACAUGAUGCCAUGGCAAGGUGAUGCCAGUAACAUGAUUGACCGUUUUGACGUGCGGGCUCACCUCGACUACGUCCCCACCUACACGCCUCCACUCAUCACCACACCAAGCCCAGAGCAGGAGAUGGAGGAGAGGAAAUGCAAUUAUGAGCGCUACAGAGGCUUGGUGCAGAACGACUUUGCCAACAUCUCUGAGGAGCAGUGUUUGUACCAGAUCUACGUGGAUGAACUCUAUGGUGGGCUACAGAAGCCAAACGAAGAAGAGAAGAAAAAGCUGGCUGAGAAAAAGGUCGCCAUCGGUUACACAUACGAGAACAGCACCGUGACAGACCCUGACCCCGCUUCGGACAAAGAUGAAGACAAUUCGGAGAAUAGCGAAUCUGAAGAAGAUGAGGUCAUCCCAGAUAUCGAUGUGGAGGUUGACAUUGACGAGCUGAACCACGAGCAGGAGACGGAGCUCAACAAAACAGCCACUCCUUACGGAAUGGCAGAAGGAGACUUUGUCAGGAUGUUGAGGAAGGAUAAAGAGGAGGUGGAGGCCAUCAAGCAUGCCAAGGCGCUGGAGGCUGAGAAAGCCAUGUACUCUGGUCGCCGUUCUCGCAGACAGAGGAGAGAGUUCAGAGAGAAAAGACUUAAAGGACGACAAAUCAGUCCACCCAGCUAUGCCAGGAGAGAUAGUCCAACCUACGAUCCUUACAAACGACCAGAGUCGGAAUCCAGCUCUGAAUCCCGCUCGCGCUCCCGGACCCCCGGUCCAGAGAAGAUCACCUUCAUCACCAGCUUUGGAGGCAGCGACGAUGAAGCUGUGGCGGUGGCAGCGGCAGCCGCGGCACAGGCCGCCGCCUCCCACGCCGGCCACAGUUCCUACACGCCGCAUCCCGCAGGUCAUAGCAGGGGCUCCCGGAGACGGAGGUCCUCGUCCAGUCGUUCCCCAUCAUACACCACCUCUGGCUCUUCAUCACGGUCCUCCUCUUCGUCCUCCCAUUCACACGGUCGAGGGCGGCGAGGAAGGGAGGGCCGGCGUUCUCGGACCCACUCCCGCUUGAGACGACAUUCCCGGUCAUACUCGCGCGACCGAGGGGGGUCCCGGAGGAGACGCGAGCGGACGCGGUCUCGGUCUCGAUCGCGAGCCAGAGAGCGAACAAGGGAGAGGAAGCGAUACUCUUCAAGGAGACGGACAAGAUCUCGCUCCAGCUCACGGCAGGGGGGUUCCUCUCGGCGAAGCGUCCGCAGCAGCGGCGCUCACCGGCGGGGCGAGAGCAGCAGUGGCAGCCCCUCGUCAUCCCCCGACCGCUUCAACCACAGCUCCUCCCCUGACGACAGAGGGCCCCCUAUUUCUGCUCACACCGUUACCGACAAACUCAGAAAGCCUGAAACAGCGGGUGGUAAAAAGACGGGAGCUGCCAAAUCCAAGCUGACGCCACAGGAGAAGCUCAAGCUCCGCAUGCAGAAGGCCCUCAACAGGCAGUCCAAGGCGGAUAAGAAAGCGGCCCAGGUGAAGAUCAAGCAGCAGGAGCACAAACGGCAGGAGCGAGAGGGCGAGCUACGAGCCAUGGCACGCAAGAUACGCAUGAAGGAGCGUGAGCGGCGCGAAAAAGAGCGGGAUGAAUGGGAGCGACAGUACGGACGCCAGAGCAGCAACUCGCCCUCUCCUUCUCCCUCCAAAUAUGGCCGAGAUUCCAGCUCAUCCAGAAGGAGGUAUCGGUCCCGGUCCCACUCUCGCUCUCGCUCCAGAAGUCCGUACAGCAGACACUGAGUUGAAAUAUCAGAGGAUUUCCUUGUACAAUAAAUCAGAACAUAAGCCAGGGUGACUGUUGUUGACACACAAACACCUCAGACAUGUAUGUAUGUAUGUAUGUAACAUGUUCUCUCUCAAACCAAGUGUGUGCGUGCUGUGCACACACAGUAUGAUUAAAUGUUGACCUUGUCGCUUUUCUGUCACUCUUCUCAUAUUUGGCAUGAAAAGAUGCUGCGGGUUAUGAAACUGGUUUGCGUUUUCUUCUUCUUUUUUUUUAUUUUUUUCUCCUCUCCUUCAACCUCCACAUGCUCCUCUCUACUCAUAUUUCAGUACGACUCCCAUCCACACACCGAGCACCUUUGAAGUCCUCCUGUCUGGAUAUUUUACAUGUAAUUUCUGCGCUAAAUCACGAUGAUUACAUUAAAUGCUUCACACUUUUUUUUUCCCCAUUUUUUUUUUUAUAUAAACACAAUAGUCCCUACUCUGGCAUGUCCCAAUAAAAGUGAUCAUGAAGCAAAA